AUGAUCGACCCUCCAUUACCAGAAAAAGCGCAUUCGAAUAUGGUCCCUCAAUGCUCUGAUCCGUCCGUCAUUCCGUCAGACAAAGCAUCAAGGCGGACGAAGGAUCUUUGGCGGCUACAUGGAGAUCCUCAUUCCCAGCGCUAUUCGAACCCAAAGCUUGUUAGCCUUGCGGCUCUGGUACGGCAUGAUAGUGUUGUUUAUCAAGGACAAAAUGCCUUUUUGUACCCCUUGUCAGCGGAUUCUGAUACCCGUUACGAAUCUAUGACAUGGGAUGAGUUCGACAGAGUCACCGAAGUCCUCGCGCUCUCCUACGCCGGCUAUCUUGAAGACGAGCUUGCGGAGGGAAAUUUGUCAAGAAAGCAACCUACUGUAGCUCUCCUUGGCGGUGGGAAGACAAUUGAAUAUUUCUGUACCCUAUUGGCCCUCCAAAAACUAGGUGUGAGGGUCCUUCUGCUUGCUGAGUCCAAUACCGUGAGUGCGUUGCACCAUUUACUGGAGACAUGCCAUGUUCUGGCCGUCAUUACCGAUCUAGAGAAUAGAGGAGUCGACAAGAACGGUGUGCGGAGCUUAGCUAUGAUCGAAGUCCUCCCUCGUUCCCUGGAGGUAAAUUAUAUGGCUGUCGAUGCCAUAAAGUUUCAAGAUGUUGAGGAUGUCUGGGAGAGACAUGCGUUUAUCAUCCACUCGUCGGGCUCUACUGGCAGGCCCAAGCCAAUCAUACAUACCAAUAGAAGUAUGAUGCUUAUUGCAAGAAUGUACCGAUUAUUUCAGGAGUUUGACAUUGAAAAUUGGUUCCUACUAUUUCCAUUAUAUCAUAUUGCUGGAGUUUCUAUAGCGCUCUCCGGCCUCCCAAAUGGCCAAGUUCUUUCAUUCCCACCACAAACAUGGCCACCGGCAUCGUCAGCUAUCUUUGCUGCUUGGAAUACUCUUUCUUCAAUAGGUUACCCGGUGGACUGUGUUCACUGUGCGCCUACGCUUAUUGAAAACAUGUAUGAAUAUAUAUGCGAGAAUGGAGGAGAUUUUACACCUUUGGUUUCGCUGAAACUUCUCCAACCUGGUGGGGCCGCCCUCUCAGAUAGCAUCAUCAAAGCUCUCACCGCCAACGGUGUCAAUGUCAAAACCACAUACGGUAGCACUGAGAUUGGCCCACCCUUUCGCUCAAUACCUCAUACGCGAGACAAUACGGAAUGUUACUCAUUUCGCAAUUUGUACCCAGAUAACCCCUUUAUCACAAUGGAAGAGGUCACAGGGGGAACAUACGAAUGUGUAGUUUUUAAAGGAUUUGAACUAGCAGCAGAGCUAUGGCAAAAUACAGACGAGCCUUAUCGGACCAACGACCUCUUCAUACAGGACCCUCCAGAAAGUGGCUUUUUUAUCCUUAAAGGGAGAAAGGAUGACAUGCUUGUGCAUUCAAAUGGCGAGAAAACUAUUGCUGGACCAUUGCAACUCGAUAUUCAGACGUCAUGCAAGGUUAUCAGCAAAGCGUUAGCAUUCGGUCACUCGAAACCGUAUGCGGGUUUACUAGUUGAGGUUUGCGAGGCAUAUGACCCCAAGAACGACGUUACAAGGAGCAAAAUCUGGGGAGCGGUGGAGCAAGUCAAUACGCGAUAUCCAAAGCACUCCCAAAUCAUGGAAGAUAUGAUUUGCAUUCUGCCGAAAGGAAAGCUUCUUCCGGUCACACCAAAAGGAAACAUCAAACGAAAAGAGGCGGAGCGAUUAUACUGGAAUGAAAUUGAGAGACUUUACUCUGAUGGCAAUCCCGUUUCUACACCAUCUAGUUCAUCCUCCGAGGCUGCGCGGAUAUAUAUUUACGGCCUGCUAUCAAACCUUUCGAACACGCCUGUCUCAGAUAUACAAGAUUGGACAUCUCUCUUCGACCUUGGAAUGGACUCUCGUCUUGCAUUACGCCUCCGUAAAUCUCUUUCAUCUCACUUUCAUCGUACCAUAUCACUCAGCGCCCUCUUUGAAAAUCCUUCAGUCAGCAAACUGGUAUCCAUCUUCUCGCGCCUGGAAUAUCCAUUCAACGGCUUGCACCAGGUUGAGAAACCACCGCCAAGUGAAACGCUCAACCGUCUAAUAUCUAAGUUGGAAGCAGAGUUCAAGUCAUGGCCAAAACUACCCAACCGUUCAUUCCCACUUACCGAAAAAGAGACAAUUCUCGUGACAGGCGCCUCCGGUUUCCUUGGGACGGAACUACUUUGCUCCCUUUCUGCGCUCCCACGAGUAGAAAAAGUCUAUGCUAUGGUCCGUGGUGUCGACCAUUUAGCCAAACUCAGCGAGGCACUUGAGAGCAGAGGUAUGGAUCCUUCAAUUCUGAAUAUUGAGAAUGGAGGAAAGAUCGAAGCCAUAAAUUUCGGCAUGCAAGACCCAUUUCUUGGUCUCGACCUCGGUACCAUGUCCCUCCUCCGCUUCUGCCAUGCCGGGAGACCUAAACGCCUCGCUUUUACAAGCAGCAUAAGUGCCUGCAUGGGGACUGGCUAUACUUCCCUAACGGUUCCCGAAGAGCCUGUUGGCCCUGACCCAAGCGUUGCUCUUCCGACCGGUUAUGCCCAGAGUAAAUACAUUGCGGAACGAAUAACACAAACUGCUGCCCGCACACUCCACAUACCUAUUCACAUCUUCCGCGUUGGCCAACUUACUGGCUCUACCGUAACAGGGCAUUGGAAUGUAAACGACAUGUGGGCGGUCCUCUUCGCUACCUCCCUCCAUCCCCUCCUCUCAGCAAUACCCUCCUUCCCCUCCAAACACAUAGACUGGGUCCCAAUCAACAUCGCCGCUACAGUCAUAGCCGACAUUCUCAUGUCCAACCCCUCGCCCUCGGCACCCUACACAGUACACAACAUAACCAACCCGCAUCCAACCCCUUACCCAUCCCUCAUAACACACUUCCUAACCCUCACCGGUAAUCCCAAUCUCCAGUCCAUCCCUAUGAAAGAAUGGACAUCCCGCCUCAGCGCACUUGCAGAUUCCAACCCCGAGAUCCCCGGAGUCAGACUCCUGCCUUUUUUCGAGAUGAUGGCUGAUUUAAAUGAUGAUUCCGUCCCGAGCAAAGUGUUCGAGACGGCGAAGACCAGGAGGAUGAGUGUUGCAUUAAGGGAAUGUGGUCCGUUUUGUCGGGAGUGGUUGGAAGCGUAUGUUAGGGUUUGGAAGGAGCAAGGGUUUCUGGAAUGA